AUGGAUACUAACUCCUCCUCCUUUGUCUUCCCCCAGGCUGCAGGUUGGUCAAUCCAGCUGGUUGAAGCAGACCGAGGAAGCAAUGAAAACCUGGUUGGUUUUUGCAACACAGUGGAGAAAAUCAGAAAUGCAUAUCCUGCUUUUGACUUGAAAACAAAUACUGGGAAAAUCUGGAGUAUCGCAACAAGAUUCCCAGAGCACAUCCUUGGUGGAACAAAAUUCAGAUUCAGCAUUUGGACAGAUUUUUCACCACAUCCUCUACUUCUUACACAAGAUGCUGGCUGUAUCACUCACGACUUAAUUGUGGAGAUCCUCCGUGUCACAAAUCAAUACCCAGCCCGGGAGGAAUGGCUUCUGAGUGUUUGUGGGUCUGAGGAGUUCCUACAGAACAACUGUACCUUGGGAAGCCACAAAAUUCUUUGCAAGGCAACCACCUGCAUCCAGCUGUGCCUGCACCACGCUGGCAAUUUGGAGCCAAGCUUGGCUCGAACAUGUGAGGAUGACCAGAGAAGGUUCAGUGUGAACGAGCUCCUGGAAGGUAUUUGUGCCUGGAGACUGAUUUGGCAGAACCUUGUCUCCGUUAUUAGGAACUACAGAGAUCAAGUGGAAUAUCUGCUGCAAAAUGAGAAUAAUGUUGGCAAUGUGAUUGAAGCAGCUAAAGCCAUCUGCAGUGUUCUCUGUUUUGUGGAAACCAGAGACAUCAGUGAUGCAGUCAGGAAACUCCAUGCUUUGGUGAAAGCACAGAGUUCUCUUCAAAGAGUGGAAACACCAGGCAAAGUGUUAAUAGAGGCUGCUGUGACUGAGCUCUCCACGGCCAUCUCUCACCUCAUCCAUGCCUACAGCAGCAGCUUUGAUGCAAAUUUCCAGCUUGCCAGCAUACCUAAGAGCCCUUUAUGUGCAGACAUCAGCCUAAAUUCCCAGCUGAGCUUCACUGUUUGUGCUGCCCACAACAUCCCAGAAGCCUGGGUGACCAGCUACAAAGUCUUCUCUUUUUCCUGUUUGCUAACUUAUGCUGGGAAGACAAUAUGUCAAGUGAAGAUUUGCAAAAAUACUCCUGUUAAAAAAUCCUUCUUUUUCCUGGCUGACUGGAAUGAGAAGGUCAACUUCCCUCUACGGAUAAAGGCUCUUCCAAGGGAAACUAUGCUGACAAUAAAACUACUGGGAGUAAACAGCACCUCCAAAAACACAGAAGUGCUUGCUUGGACGUGCUCCCCAUUGUAUGCAAAAGAGAGGCUCAUCCACGGGACCGUGCUGCUCAGCAUGGCCCUGCACAGCACCGUCCCCACAGCUGUGACCACCCUGGGCAUCUGCAGCACCGAGACACCAACCUCGGUCACCCUGCAGGUCGACUUCCCAGAAACUGAUUUGGAGUUCAUUAAACCUGAACCUGAAGAAAGACGAGGUGACCUUGUAGAGCCAACCCAAGAGUGCCUGAAGCACAUUGCAAGACUUUCACAGAAACAUUCUCUCCUGCUACUCUCAGAGCAGCAGAGAAGAAUCUUGUGGUUUUAUCGCCACUCCUGCAAUAAGCAGAGCUGCUCCCUCCCCCUGGUGCUGGGCAGCGCUCCCAGCUGGGACAGCACCACGGUGUCAGAAAUGCACACCUUGCUGAGGAAAUGGGCAUUUGCUCACCCUCUGGAGGCACUUGGGCUGCUGACCUUCAGUUUUCCAGAUCAAGAUAUCCGCAGGGCAGCAGUCCAGCAAAUAGAAAAUGUGUCAAAUGAUGAAUUGUUAGAAUACCUCCCACAGCUGGUUCAGGUGCUCAAGUUUGAGUGGAGUCUUGAAAGCCCUCUGGUGGAACUCCUGCUCAGCCGUUCUCUGCAGAGCAUCCAAGUAGCCCACCAGCUUUACUGGCUGCUGAAGAAUGCACAGAAUGAAGUUCAUUUCAGAAUGUGGUAUAAGAAACUCCUGGCUGCUCUCCAAUUCUGUGCUGGACAAGCCCUGAACAAUGAGUUUUCUAAGGAAGAAAAACUCAUCAGAAUUCUGGAAGACAUUGCCACAAAAGUGAAAGCUGCCAGUGACCCAAAAAGAAAGGAGGUGUUGCACCUGGAGCUCAGCAGACUCCAGCAGUUCUUCCAGCAGGUGAAGCUCUGCCGGCUCCCCCUGGACCCCGCGCUUGUUGUCCAAGGCAUAGAGGCAGGUUCAUGUUCUUAUUUCACAUCCAAUGCCUUUCCCUUAAAAAUCUCCUUCAUCAAUGCGAACGCUCCAAGUGGAAACAUCAAUGUUAUUUUUAAGAUAGGUGAUGAUCUACGUCAAGAUAUGUUGGUUCUGCAAAUUAUUCGAGUGAUGGACAGCAUCUGGCUCCAAGAGGGACUGGAUAUGCAAAUGAUCAUUUAUAGGUGUUUAUCUACCGGGAAAGGACAAGGGCUGGUACAGAUGGUGCCAGAUGCAACCACACUAGCGAAGAUCCACAGGGAGUCUGGACUGAUAGGACCACUGAAGGAAAACACAAUUAAAAAAUGGUUUCACCAUCACCAUCCUCUGCAAUCCAGUUACCAAGAGGCCACAAGGAAUUUCUUUUAUUCCUGUGCUGGCUGGUGUGUUGUUACCUUCAUCCUGGGAGUCUGUGAUCGACACAGUGACAACAUAAUGCUGACAAAAGCUGGACACAUGUUCCACAUUGAUUUUGGAAGAUUUUUGGGUCACGCACAGAUGUUUGGAAGCAUAAGAAGGGACCGAGCUCCCUUCAUCUUCACAUCAGAGAUGGAAUAUUUCAUAACAGAGGGUGGAAAAAACCCCCAGCGUUUUCAGGAGUUUGUGGAGCUUUGUUGUCGAGCUUAUAAUAUAGUCAGGAGACACAGCCAGCUCCUCCUGAACCUGCUAGAGAUGAUGCUGCAUGCAGGAUUGCCCGAGCUGAGCAGCCCCCAGGAUCUGAAAUAUGUGUAUGACACCCUCCGUCCUCAGGACUCAGACCUCCAGGCUACAAGCUACUUUACAAGGAAAAUAAAGGAAAGUUUGGAGUGCUUCCCUGUGAAACUCAAUAACUUGAUCCACACACUUGCACAGAUGUCAGCGGGGAGCUCUGCAGAGCCCCCAGCCCCAGACACUGCUCCCCAGGAAUGGAUGAUGCUGGACACAGAGAGCUCGAUUGCCAGGGCCACCAUCCUGGGAUUCAGCAAAAAGCCAGACUCUGUAUAUCUCAUCCAGGUGGUGCAAACCUGCAAUGUGGUCACCUUCGUGGAAAAAUCAUUCGACCAGCUCUCAAAACUUCACAGCCACCUCCAGAAGCAAUUCCCAUCUCAUGCCCUCCCAGAGUUUCCCCACUCAUGGCAUUUACCUUUCACGGAUCUUGAACACAGAAGAGUGAAGGAUCUGAACCUCUACCUGAAGCAGCUAUUCAGUGGCUCCAGGAAACUGGCUAAUAAUGAGCUUGUACUCAGCUUCUUCCUCAAUUGGUCCAAAAAUACCUUGGCAGAAGAUUCAUCAUCUCUGACCUUAGGUCCUCAGUCAGCUGGUCACAAGCCUGGAGUACAACUGGUCAUAUCCUAUGAGAGCACCCAGCUGACAGUAAUGCUGAAACACAUGAGGAACCUCUGCCUCCCAGAUGGCUCUGCCCCAAGUGCACACGCUGAAUUUUAUCUUCUGCCAGAUCCUUAUGGGGUCAGUCGAAAGAAAACAAGAACGGCUCCAAAAGGCUCCAACCCUACUUACAAUGAACUUAUUGUGUAUGACAGAGUCACAGAGCUCCAAGGCCGUGUACUGAAGCUUGUUGUGAAAAGCAAAGGAACAUUGGUGGGAGCUGUUAACAUUCAACUGAGCAGCGUCCACUUAAAUGAAGAAAAGUGGUACCCGCUGGGAAACAGUGUAAUUUAA